AUGUGGGUUCUAGACAAGAUCCGCGGGUCGGUGGAGAGCAACGUGCUCCGGCCGGGCGAAGCCGCGGACGGCAAGCAGGGCAAGGGGCCCGUCUACAGCAACGUCCUGACGCCCGACAAGAUCCCCGACUUCUUCAUCCCGCCCAAGCUGGUGUGUUGCCCCGCGGAGGCCGAGGCCCCGGAGGUCAAGCCCAAGGGGGGCCUGCAGGCGUCCGUGUCCGAGCAGGCCAUCAGCACCCAGAAGCCCCCCAGCAGCCCCCGCAGCCCCCGGCUGGUCAGCAAGCUGGCGGGCGACACCCGGAACCUCCUGAAGGCCGCCAACCGCCACAUCAUCCAGAUCGAGAGCGCGGACGACGUGGUGGCGGGCGACACCAACGCCGACCCGCAGUCGCAGACCGCCAUGUCCCUGCCGUACGUCCCCAAAACGCAGACCUCCUACGGCUUCGCCACGCUCACCGAGAGUCCCCACACCCGGCGGAAGGAGUCGCUCUUCCACAGCGACCACGCGCCCAGCACCAGCCCCGUCACCUCGCCCGGUUCCCAACGCCGGCGGUCCCCGGGGACCGCCGGGGGGGAGGCGGACGCCCACCACCUGAACCCGGCGGACCUGGGCAACGCGUCGCACAUGAACCCGUACCGCUACUUCAGCGGCGGGGAGAGCGACACCUGCUCCUCGGCCGAGUCCUCGCCCUUCGGCUCGCCGCUGCUGUCGCGCUCCGCCUCGCUGCUCAAGAUCUUCACGCACGAGACGCAGGCCAAGGUGUCGCGGGCCAAGCGCUCGCUCGCCCGCCACAGCUCGCUCUCCACCGACGAGUGCAGCUCGGCCGAGCCCAGCCCCAACGUGCCGCGCCGCGCCCGGAGCUCGGCGUCCCGCGGCGGCGGCGGGGCCGGGGCCAGGGACGCCCCGCACCGCGAGCACACCAUCAACCUGCACCGCCGGGGCACCGUCCGCCUGUGCGUGGACUACGACGCCGCCGCCGCCCGGCUCCGCAUCCGCGUGCUGGCGGCCGAGGACCUCUACGAGCAGCUGGUGGACGUCAAGAGCAUCAACUGCUGCGUGUCCGUCUACCUCAACCCCGGCAAGCUGCAGAAGCAGCGGAGCAACAUCAUCAAGAACAGCCGCACGCCCGUCUUCAACGAGGACUUCUUCUUCGACGCCAUCCCCUCCGUGCAGGUGAAGAACCUGGCCCUCAAGAUCAAGGUGGUGAACAAGGGCACCAGCCUAAAGAGGGACACCCUGCUGGGGGAGAGGGAGGUUCCCCUUCACAAGCUGCUCUCCGGGCUCUAG